CGUGAGUUGUAAGACUAGUUUCCGCCCAACCACCCGAAGGUUCGGCGAUCUGCCACAUUCGUGUUUACAAAUAAAAGCACACAAAUGAAUAAUAAAAUAACCUAAGUGAGUUUAAAAAGUGUAAUUUCAAGCGGAAGAAGAUGACAACUGAGACUAAAAAUGGAACAGAACUUUCAGUAACCAAAAUGGAGACAAACGGCCAACAAAUUACGGACACCAGGAAUCAAAAAGAACAAGAAAACUUAUCAACAAUGGAAAAGGCAGUGUCAUAUACAAAAAAGUUUUUUCAAUUCUUUACAGUGGAACCCUUCUUAUUGUGUUAUAUUUUGCCAAAUAUAAUUUCAUCCGUAGCUGUUUACAAACUCAAUAUGGAGAAGGCAUGUCUGGCAGAUUUAAAUUAUUCUCAAGAUAUUUGUGAUAAAGCGAUAUCUGGUGAUGCUUCUGACAAUAUUACAACUGAUGCUUUAAAUGGCGCCCAGGUUCUGGUUGCUGAAAUGACGGCUUGGAGACAGCCCUUGCAGAGUGGUAUCCCAGCUAUAAUGAUCCUCUUUGUUGGGGCUUGGAGUGAUAGAACAGGCAAUAGAAAAGCUUUGAUGCUUAUACCAUUGUUGGGAGAACUCGUUACCUCUAUUCUGAUGAUAUUAGCUGUUUAUUAUUUUAUAGAGUGGCCAUUAUGGGCUACAGGAUUAAUCGAAGGAUUACCAUCUGCUUUAAGUGGAGGAAUUUCAAUAGCUCUUAUGGGAUCUUACAGUUACAUAGCCGAUGUGACUUCAGUUGACUCACGGACAUUUAGAAUUGGAAUCGUUGGUGUUAUCGUCACCCUGGGUAUUCCCUUGGGAUCUUCCAUAAGCGGAAUACUAACCGAAGCUGUUGGCUACUAUGGAAUAUUUGGAAUCGGAUUUGUUCUUUAUCUCAUUGGAUUCGUGCAUACAUACUACAGAAUUCAUGACGUAAGAAAAACAAAAACGGAGGGAAAAUUUUGGGACAAACUUGUUCAGUUCUUCCACCCGAGAAAUGUUUGGGAUACUCUUUCACUGGUGAUAAUGGCUCGUGGUCGAAGAUUAGCACAAAUAUUGUUGAUCAUCUGGGCGCAUAUUGUACUCAUUGGCCCUGUGUUUGGUGAGGCGAACCUCGUUUAUCUUUACACACUGAAAAAGUACAGCAUGGAUAUUAUAGAGUUCAGCUUAUUCUCCACAUACUCUACCUUAGUGGGUAUUGCUGGUACAGCCGUAGCAGUAACAUUAUUCAGCAAGAAGAUGAAGAUGCAUGACGCUGUGCUGGGUGUCAUAGCCACUGCUUGCAAAGUCGCCUCUAGUUUCGUAUACGGGUUGGCUCCAACCAAGCAAUGGUUCUACUCCGGACCAGCCUUCGAUUUCUUUGGAAACACGGGAGUAACUGCCAUCAGGUCCCUCGGCACGAAAGUUGUCAAGCCUAAUGAAGUCGGAAAAAUGUGUUCGUUGAUCGGAUUUAUCGAGGCGAUAGUUCCAGUGAUUUAUACGCCAAUAUACAGCAAAAUAUAUGCCAAAACGAUCGAGACGUUCCCAGGAACUUUCUACAUAGUUGGUGGGGCCAUGACCAUACCUGCCUUCUUUAUAUUCAUAAUCUUAUACGUCUUGUACAAAAGACAACAGAGAGACGUGGUCAAAAAUCCAGAGGAAAAGGAGAAACACGCCCAUGAAAAUGCUGUUACGUCAUUAUAAAUUACGUCAUUUUUAUAUACAUCAAUAAAUAAUAUAUAGAUAAUUAA